AUGUCCUCCAACACCAAGAACACCAAGCCACAAGAGACCACCACCACGACGAAGAUGCCAACCACUGCCUCGACUAGCAAAGAAGGCGUGAGAGACAUGCUGCUCGAGAAGUAUCCCCCCCUCAUCCCCGAAUCUGGAUCUGCUCUUGAGAUCACCCCCGUCCCCUCGACAAGAGUGGGCCCCUUUCCGAUGGGAUCAGGAUUACUUGGAGCUAGCAGAUCCCUUUGCUGA